AUGGAGAGAGUCGUCGUCCCGCCCGUCCGUCUUGGCGGCCUCGUCGCCCUCCUCGCCCUGGCCAUGACCGUCUCGGCACACUCCUGGAUCGAGUCUGCCUUUCGCAUCGCCGCCAACGGCACCUUUGUCGGACCCGAGGGGUUCCCCCGCGGCUGGGUUCCCCGAUUCGCGCCCGGAUGGAACGACAAGCAGGCCCAGCACAUCAUUCCGGAUGCCGGCAUCUACACGGGUGCCGAGCUGCUGAACAAGUACCCCAUCGACGCGAACCCCUCAUUCCCCAUCCUCCAUGCGGCCCCCGGCGACAAGAUCGCCAUCCUGCACCUCGAGAAUGGGCACGUCACCCUUCCACAGAACCAGCCGAACAAGCCGGUGAACCGGGGAACCGUCUUCCUCUACGGGACCAGCCAGCCCAAGGGCCAGGAGAAGCUUUUUGACGUCCACCUCCGAUGGAACAAGGACGGCACCGGCGGCGACAGGCGCGGCAAGCUGCUCGCCACACGCAACUACGACGACGGCCAGUGCUACCAGGAUAGCCGCCAACCGCUGGCGCGGGACCGAGCGAGCAGGCUAGCUCCGAACGGCGCCAUGGUCGAAAGGGAGCUCAAGUGCCAGUCCGUCGUCACCCUUCCCGAGGACCUCAAGCCGGGCGAAGUCUACACCGUCUACUGGUACUGGGACUGGCCGAGCCUGAACCCGGACAAGCUCGACGUCAAGGCCACCAGCGACGGCCGGUUUCCCUGGGCAGGCUCCUUUAUGCGCGGCGACGCGGUGCCCGACGGAUGGAGCAUGGAUAUGAUUCGCAUCAACGAAAGCUACUCGAGCGUCAUCGACAUCAAGAUCACCGACAAGGUGCCGGGCGUCGUCGGGAAGGGAUACGACGCCAACUUUGUCGAGAAGCAGGACGUUUACCAUGCGGGCAUCAAGGCCCAGCUGGGAAACAUGUUUGACGUCAACGUCGACGGUGCCGGCGGCCAAACCGCCUCUCCAGACGCUGGGUCGUCGCCCACCAGCCUCGGCCCCUCGGCGACGGCGAAGCCUACGAGCAUGACGGGGAAGGCUCGCCAGACAGAGAUGGCGAGCUCAUCCCGCACCACGCCUAAGCAUCCGGGCACAGACGCCCCCGCCUGCGACGGUGCGCAGCCGACCAGCGCCUCUGCGCAGAGAAACACGGCGAGCCGGGACGUGGCCUUUGAGACCAAAAAGGCAAAAAACUCCUGCGGCUUGACGGUGACGCUGACGGUGAUGGAGACGGCCCCGGUCACGACGGUCGUCCACACGGUGACGACGACGGUCCCGGCCACACCCGUCAUCCAUACCGUGUACGUCACCCCCAGCCCGCCGAACCAGGCCCCGGAAACGCGAACGACGGACGUUCCACCCCGCGUGGGAGGUGCGGCCCCCAACGACGCGGCGGCGCCAAGGUAUUAUGUCAAGGGCCAGAACCAGGGCAAGCAGCGCCGCGGUGCCCGGGGCCUCGGCCAGCACGCGCAGUAG